GUCAGUCUGGAGUAAGUCUGAACUACGAUGGAUGCAGUACCCUAUUCUCUCGUGUUUAUAGUCCUGUUCUUUGGGACUAUGAUUCAAGAAAAUGAUGCCCUGCAGUGCUAUUGCCAGCGCUGCGCCAACUCUACGUGCACCACGGACGGCCUGUGCUUCGUAACGGUCAUGAAGUCUGGCAGCCGGCUCACCACCGAGCGCAGCAUGUGCGUUCACGAGAGCGAGCUGAUCCCGCGCGACCGCCCCUUCAUCUGCGCGCCCUCCACCAAGGACGACACGGGCAUCUACCCAAUGUGCUGCGCCUCCGACUGGUGCAACAAGAACCCCAACCUCAGCGUCUUCCCAGUGCCGACGGUGAAGCCGGUUCCUCUGGGGCCUGUGGCUCUGGCGGCAGUGAUCGCGGGGCCCGUGUGCGUGCUGUGCUUCGUGCUGGUGCUGGUCUUCUACGUUUGCCACAGCCGGGUGGGUGUGCAUCACCGCGUGCCCAACGAGGAGGAUCCCUCCAUGGAUCACCCCUUCCUCAACGUGGGUUCCACCCUGAAAGACCUCAUCUACGACAUGACCACCUCUGGCUCCGGCUCUGGUCUGCCCCUACUGGUACAGAGGACCAUAGCCCGGACCAUCAUCCUCCAGGAGAGCAUCGGGAAGGGCCGCUUCGGCGAGGUGUGGCGGGGCAAGUGGCGAGGUGAGGAGGUGGCGGUCAAGAUAUUCUCCUCCCGUGAGGAGCGUUCGUGGUUCCGUGAGGCCGAGAUCUACCAGACGGUCAUGCUGCGUCACGAAAACAUCCUGGGCUUUAUCGCCGCCGACAACAAAGAUAACGGGACAUGGACCCAGCUGUGGCUGGUGUCAGACUUCCACGAGCACGGCUCUCUGUUUGACUAUCUGAACCGCUACACAGUCACCGUGGAGGGCAUGAUCAAACUGUCACUGUCCACCGCCAGCGGCCUGGCCCACCUCCACAUGGAGAUCGUUGGCACGCAAGGGAAGCCGGCCAUCGCCCACAGGGAUCUGAAAUCUAAGAACAUCCUGGUGAAGAAGAACGGGACGUGCUGCAUUGCCGACCUGGGCUUGGCCGUGCGCCACGACUCAGCCACCGACACCAUCGACAUCGCCCCCAACCACAGAGUGGGGACCAAAAGGUAACUGGAUCCCCCAUUCGGGCUCUGUUAUGACUGUUAUUUGGGAUGGCAAUUUGAUAAGAGUGAGCCGCCAUGCCGCCUCUUUGAUGUGGUUAGUGGCAACUUCAAACUACUCCACCUCGACCAUUGAGCAGGAAUCAAAAGGUAACAGGUGGGAUCAUACCUGCUCCGCGAGCUGUCAUUUGCUGUAAUGAUGUGAUGGGAGAUGCCAUUCUGGCUCAGCAGCUCAUUGUAAUGGCUGGAGGUGCCUUGAAACUGGUUGUCCAUUCUGGUUCUAGAGUGCUGCCGAGCCCCCAACCACAGAGUGGGAAACUCAAAGAUAACUGGAGCCCCACGGGGCUGUCAUUCCGCCUCCUUUGAGCCGUCAUUUGUAGUGACGGGAGCCGCCAUCUUGGCUCUCACAGCUGCCACUCGCCAUCAUAGGUAAAAGGUGAAGGGUGCAGUGAAAGCGGGCAUCUUCUCCGGCCCUCCAGAGAGGUGUAGCAGGUAGGUAGGGAGGGGAGGAGGAACACACGGCGUGAGUCAUGCCAUGGAAAGACGGCAGCAGCAUCGAUGACAUUUCCCCCUUUUCCACAAGACAAGCCUGUGUGGUUGGAAGAACACACAGGGGGAUGAUGACCACCGCACACAGCCGUUCCUACCAGAUGAAGCCAGGCGGUUACUAGCAACGUGUGUCGACUCUUCUAUAAUUCAACUCCAAUAGGACGAGGAGAAAAUUGUCUUUACAACCAUAAUCGCUGAUUUUGCUUUCUUCUUGAAUUUCACCGUUUUGAUUCAGUCUUCUGCGGUGUAUAUCAAGCCUAUCAAGCAUCCCACCAAUCCACGAUGUAGACUCUAUUCCGACUGCUGUUAUUGACUGGCCGGCUGCCGACUACGGAGCAUAAUGUGUUGUGUAACACAGCUCUGCUGGUAUAGAACUGAGGCACAGCUCAUUAAUAUCUCAUGGUAUUAUUCAUAGUUCAGAUCAGUUGUUGUUGCACUUGUUGGUAUCGUGGUCGGCUCCAGGACACGACAACAUGUAAAAUAACACGCUCAAAUGGUAGCAGAUUGAAUCCUGCCUCCCUUGUCUAAGUGCCCUCGACAAGCAUCUGGGAACCUGCUAGCCAUUAGCCUAGAGGUGGAACCCUGUGUGACUUGCUUUCUCUGCCUUCAUGUCCCCUCUUCCCUUCCUUACUU